AUGCGCUUCAACGCGGCAAUUGCUCCGGCGCUGUAUGCGUCGGCCCUCCUCGCCGGCAGCACGUUGGCACAAGAAGAAACUGAGCCAUCUGCAACUGUGAUUGAGCGCCCGGUUUUCACCCCCACGACCCUCAAAGCCCCCUUCCUAGAGCAGUUCACCGAUGACUGGGACACACGAUGGACGCCCUCUCACGCGAAGAAGCAAGACUCCAAGAGCGAUGAGGAUUGGGCAUACGUUGGUGAAUGGUCGGUGGAAGAGCCAACCGUACUUCCAGGCAUCAUCGGUGACAAAGCACUGGUGGUGAAGAAUGCAGCGGCGCAUCAUGCCAUUUCCGCCAAGUUCCCUUCGGUCAUCGACAACAAGGGGAAGACCCUGGUUGUCCAGUAUGAGGUCAAGCUGCAAAAUGGGCUUGAAUGUGGAGGGGCAUACAUGAAAUUGCUGCGUGAGAACAAGGAGUUACAUGCUGAGGAAUUCUCCAAUGCCUCCCCAUAUGUUAUCAUGUUCGGUCCGGACAAGUGUGGAGCCACAAACAAGGUUCACUUCAUCUUCCAACACAAGAACCCCAAGACUGGCGAGUACGAAGAGAAGCACCUCAAGACUCCUCCUCAAGCCAAAAUCAGCAAACUUACCACUCUUUACACUCUUAUUGUCAACCCGGAUAAUACUUUCGAGUUGUUGAUUGACAACAAGUCCGCCAAGAGUGGAAGUCUGCUGGAGGAUUUCUCUCCUGCUGUCAAUCCUCCGAAGGAGAUUGAUGAUCCCAAAGAUACGAAACCAGAUGACUGGGUUGACCUCGCGCGCAUCCCUGAUCCCGAUGCCACGAAGCCAGAUGAUUGGGACGAGGACCAGCCUUUCGAAGUCGUUGAUGAUGAGGCCGAGAAGCCGGACGACUGGCUUGAGGACGAACCAGCCACUAUCCCUGAUCCGGAGGCCGAGAAACCAGACGACUGGGACGAUGAAGAAGAUGGCGAUUGGAUUUCUCCUCAAGUCCCCAAUCCAAAGUGUGAGGAAGCUUCAGGCUGCGGAAAGUGGGAGCCCCCCAUGAAGAGAAAUCCUUUGUACAAGGGCAAGUGGACUGCGCCGUAUGUCGACAAUCCAGCCUACAAGGGACCAUGGGCACCACGCAAAAUUCCCAACCCAGACUAUUUCGAGGAUAAAACUCCGGCCAACUUUGAGCCCAUGGGAGCGAUUGGUUUCGAAAUCUGGACAAUGCAAUCGGACAUCUCGUUCGACAACAUCUAUAUUGGUCACUCAAUUGAGGAUGCUGCUGCUUUCCGAGCAGAAACAUACGACGUUAAGCGACCCAUUGAGGAAGCUGAAGAGGCCAAGACCAAGCCCAAGCCACAGGAUACCCCCAAGUCGCCAUCUGAUCUCAAGUUCUUGGACGACCCCGUCACCUACGUUACGGAGAAGCUGGAGUUGUUCGUCACUCUUGUCAAGAAAGACCCUAUUGAGGCCAUUAGGUUCAUGCCUGAAGUCGCUGGCGGCAUCGGCGGAGUUGUCGCUCUUCUCAUCGCUGUCAUCGUUGGACUAUCAAGCGCAGGCGCCUCUGCAGCCCCGAGCAAGGAGGACAUCAAGAAGAGUGCUCAACAGGCCAAGGAAGCCGCCACCGAUGCGAAAGAAAAGAUCGUCGAGGCUGCGGCUAGCGGCGCAGACACGGUCAAGACGGAAGUCAACAAAAGAACCACGCGCUCAAGCGGAAGCGCAGAGUAA